CCCGGUCGCUGCCCCGCCUUCUCCGAGGAGCGCCAGGCGGGAGCGGCCCGGACCCCGGGAUCGCGCGGGAGAGGACGCGCCACAAACUUUGCCUUUUAUUGUUCCUAGCUCUUUAAGUGCCAGGGACUCUGCCGGGCAGGAAAAAUGUCCUUCUUCAAUUUCCGUAAGAUCUUCAAGUUGGGGACCGAGAAGAAGAAGAAGCAGUACGAACACGUGAAAAGAGACCUGAACCCCGAAGAGUUUUGGGAGAUUAUAGGGGAACUGGGCGACGGAGCCUUUGGGAAAGUGUAUAAGGCCCAGAAUAAAGAGACCAAUGUUUUAGCUGCUGCAAAGGUGAUUGACACCAAAUCUGAAGAAGAACUUGAAGAUUAUAUGGUUGAGAUCGACAUAUUAGCAUCUUGUGAUCACCCAAACAUAGUCAAGCUUCUAGAUGCCUUCUAUUAUGAGAACAAUCUUUGGAUCCUCAUUGAAUUUUGUGCAGGGGGAGCAGUAGAUGCUGUGAUGCUUGAACUUGAGAGACCGUUAACUGAGUCCCAAAUCCAAGUAGUUUGCAAGCAGACUUUAGAAGCGUUGAGCUACUUACAUGACAAUAAAAUCAUCCACAGAGAUCUAAAAGCUGGCAAUAUUCUUUUUACCUUAGAUGGAGACAUUAAGUUGGCGGAUUUUGGAGUAUCGGCUAAAAACACCAGGACAAUUCAAAGGAGGGAUUCCUUUAUUGGCACUCCAUAUUGGAUGGCUCCUGAAGUAGUCAUGUGUGAGACAUCAAAGGACAGACCUUAUGACUAUAAAGCUGACGUUUGGUCCCUGGGUAUUACUUUAAUAGAAAUGGCUGAGAUAGAGCCACCUCACCAUGAGUUAAAUCCAAUGCGAGUAUUGCUAAAAAUAGCAAAAUCUGAGCCCCCAACAUUAGCACAGCCGUCAAAAUGGUCUUCAAAUUUUAAGGACUUUUUAAAGAAGUGCUUGGAAAAGAAUGUAGAUGCCCGGUGGACCACAGCUCAGCUAUUACAGCAUCCCUUUGUUACUGUUGAUUCCAACAAACCAGUUCGAGAAUUGAUUGCUGAGGCAAAGGCUGAAGUAACAGAAGAAGUUGAAGAUGGCAAAGAGGAAGAUGAUGAUGAGGAAACAGAAAAUGCUCUGCCAAUACCUGCAAAUAAACGUGCCUCCUCUGACCUCAGUAUUGCCAGCUCUGAAGAAGAUAAACUUUCACAGAAUGCUUGUAUUUUGGAAUCUGUAUCAGAAAGAAUAGAACACAGUACUCCUGGUGAUAAAUUUAGCAGCAGAGUUGUUGAUGAAAGACCUGCCACUGAGGAACCUGAGAAGGCUGUGGAGGGUGUUAAUGAGCAUGCAGGUGAUUCUACCAUAGAGACGAUGGCUGAACUCAAUGAUCAGACAGUAGGAAUUCAUGAGAAUGGGAGAGAGAAGAGACCCAAGCUGGAAAAUCUACCUGACACAGAAGACCAACAAACUGUGGGUGUUAAUUCAAUUUGUGGAGGAAAUGAGGGUGAUAGAGUAACUUCAGAAGUUAAUACUAACCAUCUGAAACCAAAGGACGACAGGAGUAAAGAAAACCAGGAGAUACCUGAGAAUAAACUUACACAGCCUGAAGUAAUUAAAGAUAGUCAAACAAUGGACUUGGUGUCUCAAGAGACUGGAGAAACAGAGGCUGAUUUUCAGGCCGUUGACAAUGCAGUUGGGUUGACAGAAGACACCCGAGAGAAACGGGGAGGAGAUGAUAAAGCUCAAAGAGUUGUAGUCAGCAAGGUAGGGACAAACGAGGCACUAGAUGCUGCUGAGACGGCUGCUGAAGGCGGCAACCAGGAUGUACAGAGUGCUGAUGGGAAGGGCGUAGUGGAAGGAGCCCCCAAGUCAGCAGGGAAGCCCACCGAGGGCCCUGAGGUUGAUGGUGCUAAGGAAGAGCCUUCUGUUCAAGAAAGAGUUGAGGAGAAGGAGCUAGGUCAACAGUCCGAAGUGUCAGACACCACACAGGCAGCCAUUGAGGAACCAGGGACAGUUGAGGUUGAGCAAGUCAGUGAGUCAGGUAGCACUGAGGAGAGGAGUGCCUUGACUGGUGGUGCUGAGGAACCUGCUCUCGGAAGUGAAGCUGAGGCUGCUGCUACUGAGGUAGAGUUGGAGAGAAAAGAAACUGCGCAGGAAGUGCUGGUUAAAACAGAUCCUCAAGCCCCUGCAACCUCGCAGCCCAACGAGCCUCAUCCUGUCCUAAUACCUAGUAUCAAUAUUAACUCUGAAAACACAGAAAAUAAAGGAGAAAUAAAUGCUUUCCCAAAAACUGAAACCAUACUGUCACACGAGCCUGACAAUGAAAAGGAAAAUGACACUGACUCAGGGACUGGGUCCACUGUGGAGAACAGCAGCAGUGACUUGAAUUUGUCCAUCUCCAGCUUCCUAAGCAAAACGAAAGACAGUGGGUCAAUGUCUCUACAAGAAACAAGAAGACAGAAGAAAACAUUGAAGAAAACACGCAAAUUUAUUGUUGAUGGUGUAGAAGUGAGUGUAACAACGUCAAAGAUAGUUACAGAUAGUGACUCCAAAACUGAGGAAUUGCGGUUUCUCAGGCGUCAGGAACUUCGAGAGCUGAGAUUUCUUCAGAAAGAAGAGCAGAGGGCCCAGCAACAGCUCAAUGGGAAACUGCAGCAGCAGCGAGAGCAGAUUUUCAGGCGCUUUGAGCAAGAAAUGAUGAGUAAGAAGCGACAAUAUGACCAAGAAAUUGAGAAUCUAGAGAAGCAGCAGAAACAGACAAUUGAACGAUUAGAACAAGAGCAUACAAACCGCUUGAGAGAUGAAGCCAAACGAAUCAAAGGAGAGCAAGAGAAGGAGCUGUCCAAAUUCCAGAAUAUGCUAAGAAACCGCAAGAAGGAGGUUAUGAAUGAAGUGGAGAAAGCACCCAAAGAACUGAGAAAAGAGUUUAUGAAACGCAGGAAAGAGGAGCUUGCACAAAGCCAGCAUGCUCAGGAACAAGAAUUUGUUCAGAAGCAGCAACAAGAAUUAGAUGGCUCUCUGAAAAAGAUCAUCCAACAACAGAAGGCAGAGUUGGCCAAUAUCGAGAGAGAGUGCUUGAAUAACAAGCAACAGCUCAUGAGAGCUCGAGAAGCUGCGAUUUGGGAGCUUGAAGAGCGACACUUACAGGAAAAGCACCAGCUGCUUAAACAGCAGCUUAAGGAUCAGUAUUUCAUGCAGAGACACCAGCUGCUUAAACGCCAUGAGAAGGAAACAGAACAAAUGCAACGUUAUAAUCAACGGCUUAUUGAGGAAUUGAAAAACAGACAGACUCAGGAACGAGCGAGACUGCCCAAGAUUCAACGAAGUGAAGCCAAGACACGAAUGGCCAUGUUUAAGAAAAGUCUAAGAAUUAACUCAACAGCCACACCAGAUCAGGAUCGUGAAAAAAUUAAACAGUUUGCUGCACAAGAAGAAAAGAGGCAGAAAAAUGAGAGAAUGGCUCAGCAUCAAAAACAUGAGAGCCAAAUGCGGGAUCUCCAGUUGCAGUGUGAAGCCAAUGUCCGAGAACUACAUCAGCUGCAGAAUGAAAAAUGCCACCUGUUGGUUGAACAUGAGACUCAGAAACUGAAGGAGUUAGAUGAGGAGCACAGCCAAGAGUUAAAGGAGUGGAGAGAGAGACUGAGACCGAGGAAGAAGACACUGGAAGAAGAGUUUGCCAGGAAACUGCAGGAGCAGGAAGUGUUUUUUAAGAUGACUGGGGAGUCCGAAUGUCUUAAUCCAUCAGCACAGAGCCGUAUCUCCAAAUUCUACCCUAUUCCCACCUUGCAUUCCACUGGGUCAUAGCGACAGCAAGCAUUCUCUGUCUGGAUUUGGCUUCUAAGUGCAUCCUUAUGUUCUCUUCAUCUUCCACAGCACGUGACUCACAAAGACAAUCACCUGUCCAUCUUCUCGGUGGUUUUGAGAAUUGGUUUCUUGGACUUUUUUUUUUUUUGUUAAGCAAACAAAGAUGAAGGGCAAAUGAACUAAGACAGAUGCUGGGCCAUGUUGGCAAGUAGCAUCUUGCAGUAAUUCCCUAAGGUGAUUUUGUAUAUUGACCUUAAAUAUUGUAUUCUUUAGACAUAGUUCUGAAAAACUGCCAGAGAAAUGUUUAAAGUUAUUUGGGGAAAAAAAAACCAAACCUGUUACAUCACUAAGUAUUAAUAAAUAUUGUUUUACUUGAUUUCUCAAUGAUGCUAAAUUCUAUAGUUAAGAUUAUGCUGUAGAAUUGGAGUGAUUUUCUUUUGGUAAACCAACUAUUACUAAAAAGCCAUGAGCUACAGAAAUAUGUUUAUUGAUUCAAUACAUAGAUAUAUUUUUUAUCAUUAAGCAGGAUCAAAGUCUUUUAAAAGAGAAUGGUUAUUUCAGUAAUUUGUCACAAACAUUAGCCUGUGUGGGCAGGAACAAUAAUGAGGUGCUAAUUUUAUUAAGAUAGUGCCUAAAACACUAAAUUUUAAUCAUAUAUAAAAUGGGGUUUUCAUUUUGAUCAGCAGGAACAAAAUACCCUUCUCACUGGUGGACAUUACUGUUUUAAAAACGUGUUUUUAUUGCCAUUUAAUAUUCAUCCUAAAACAAAGGUUGUACAAAGUAUGGAAAGGUGAAUGAACUAGCUUUAAAAUGUGCAGAUUGAACUUAACAGAGCUCACCAUACUGUCAUAUCAGACCGAGCUCGCCCACGUCAGAAGCCUCCGUCUCAGAAGUUCUAUUUCUCAAUGACGCUUAGGGGCCUCUGUGCCCCUAGCUUCAGUCACAACUGCAGUUCUGAAGCUAGUCUUAGAAGAAGCGUUGUCCACAAAGGAUUUUCAUUCAGUAUCAGACACACAUGCAAAGUGACAUUGUAAGGUUUCAAAUGAGGUUACUCAAGUGCAUUUCGGUUUUAUUUUGUUCCAUGUUUUAAAUUAAUUUCUUUGAGUCGGAAAAGCCUUUAUCAUGUGGCUGCUGGUACAUGUGCUCAUUAAUGAAGUGUUCGUUCUUGGUUCCUUCUGAAGCUCAGAAUCUCAGCCGCGUCAGGUCAACAGUAUUAUAAACUGCACUUUUGUGAAUGAUGCUUGCUGCCUGCCAUUGGCAACCUGUUCUCUUCUAAGAGUGCUAGGUACCAAACUGUAAACGUUUCAGUUUUUAGUUAUAUUUUGAGGUUGGUGGAAAAAUAGAACUGUCAAUGUAAUGUGGAAACACCAGUUCAUUUAAGGAAAUGUCGAUGUCUGUAGUACUUUGUUGCCGUUUAUUUGAAAACUUUGGAUGCUGGACUUUAUCUGGUUUAAAAAUGCAUGUGUAAUUUUAACUUUAUAAUUAUUUUGACAAGCUUAAUUUUCUUGGACAACCUUGUAGGUAGCCUUAACUUUCAGCCAAUUUUGUUUUUAUAUAAAUAUAUAUACGUAUAUAUUAUAAUGUAUGGUUGUAAAUUCAUACACUUAGCACAUGAAUAUGUUCCUGUAUACAGAAUUCUUAAUGCUUUAUUUUCAGAUGCUGGGUUAAAAACUGUUUGAAAGCCUUUAAAUAUAUCUUUAUAAAGUAUGAUGGAGAUUGUUUAUAUUGUUAUGAUAAAAGACAGAAUUAUGUUGCCCAGUGUAUUUAAUGAUUUAUUUGAAGAGGGAGAGGGGAGGAAAGCUCUUAUACACCACUUUCUCUUUUGAGUUUUUCAGCUUAUUGGAUUUUUACAAAUGAAUACUCCAGUCAAUGGGCUUUAUUUUCAGUAUCAUUUAGGUAAUUGUAGACAUGAUUUGGUCUGAGUAUCUUUCCUUCCUGUUUCUAUUCAGCUUGACAUUUAGAGCAUUGUAUCUGGAAAGCAGGCUGGAGGGGUUGUCUACCUGAAGCCUGCUCUCUGGAUUCCCUGUUCCUCCUUGAGUUUUCCUGUGGGUGCAGGGACUGCCCUGUGGUACACUUGUAGAGGGGGCACUCCUCUCCACACUUCAGGUUAUAUAUAGAAAGUGUUUUGUUACAGAACAUGCUGUUUCUAAACUUGUGCUUCCUUUAAGACCAUAUGCCAGUAGAUAACAGUGAUCAUUCUUUGCUGGGUGAUGUAUAGGUGGGGAGUGGCUGAGGGCAUCGCCUUCUUUGAAUCUGAGAGUGCAGUCAGUCCAUCUGCUGAUGAAGUUGUUUGGUUGCUGUGGCAGAAUGCCCCAUUCAGCGUAUAAAGGAAAUUCUCCAUGCAGUUGCCUCCCCUUUCCCUGCAUGCUUUGGCCACACCACACCUCCACCCACCACACUUCUGCAGGUCCAGCUCCUAGAGCUCAAGCGCAGGGUUUCUGCAGACCUGUUGACCCCCAGGCUGUGGUUUGCUGAAUUAGCUGCUGUUUUAGUUGGAGUCACAGUAAGCUCUUUCUUACCCUUUUCUGUGGGUGAGGAGCAAAUUUAGAGUGCUUUUAUUUUGUUGAAAAUAUUGGAACCUUCCCACAUGCCAGGACAUGGCAGAUUAUAACUAAGUAAGAAGCAGAACCGGAGCUACCUCUAAGCAGUGUUUCUCAAGCACACGCUCUCAGGCACGUGAGACCUUCCCCGUGGAGGCUUCUCUGAUUUCUUGAGCAUCAGCACGUCUCAGAAGUAACUUUUUUUGUGCUCUUCCAGGUCCCCUGUACCCUCAUACUUUCCCCUUCCACACUGUGCUAAUUAUAUGACAGAGACUCUUCUAAGAAGCCAAAUUCGGCCAAAUUAAUAGCUAGAGAUACUGCAGACCGCCCGGCAUGGGAACUGCAGUUGAAGAGGUGUCAGUUUUAACGGCCUUCUGGUUCUUUCGGGAAAUGGUCUUGUAGGACACGGGUGAUAUUUUCAGUGUGUCUCUUACAUCAGAGGCAACAGUUAAUGCCUCUGCUGUUGCUGUUCUUUGGCUGACGUAGUUUUAAUAAUGCUUUAAAAUUUCUGCUACAAAGCUUGGAAUAGAGUUGACCAGUUUCAAAUGUUGGCUGCAGCUUAAAAAUGUGAUUCUUUGCAGUGUAAUAAGUUCACAGGCUAAAUUUUCGAAGAGAAUUUCAUUUCACGUUAUGCUUCUUGUAUAUUUGGAAUUAGAAACAUGCCUUUUCAAUCACGGGAUUGUCAAACAAUAAAGUUAUUUCUUAAUCUA